CCGCACUCCAUUUGAAUUAUUUUAUUUUGAUUUCCGUUUUAAUAAUCCACCCACAUGAAUGCUCUCAGAAUAUAACACCUUCGUAUGAAUAAAGCCACAAUAUACUCCUAUUCGAUCUUUUUUCUUACGUAAUACAGAGGAGCCCGAAUAGAUAUUACUUCUUUCUUUCACUCAUUUUUCACAAGUAAGUAAUAUCUUGCCUUCCAUACGAGAGCAUUAGUAAUCCAUAAUUUCCCAUAAACUUAUAUCUACUUUUUGAGUCUACGGCAAAUCGGGCAACGGUCGAAGUGUUUCUGUCAAGCAAGCUAGAGGACUGAAACAGAGGUAGGAUUAUCCUGGGAGCGAGUUGGCCAGUCCCGUUCGAGUAGCUAUCGAGAUACGGGGGCUAUCUUUCUUCAAGGCCAGUCCGGUUAACGGGCGAUCUUACGCUAAGUCAUUCUUUCUCUAUCUUUUAUAUUAAUAUUUCGUAUCUAAUUAUUGUUGUUAUUUUAUUUGUUCUUGCAUUUGGUGGUUUGUCUGGUGAUUUGUGAUUAAAAUCGGGAUUUUAUCUGAAGAAAGAUAUUAUUUCUCGAGUUUUGAAAAAAUCCAAUAUGACGAACUUGGAAAAUGCUGCUACUUCUGAAAACGUUGUUGUUGACAAUAAUGUGAAUGAAAUCCCUGAAAAUAAUGUUAAUUCUGUGUCUGUGACUAAUUCUGGAGACACACCUGAAUUUGUUGCCACGGGCUCUCACAGGGUUGAUUUGACCGGAAUGCCUGAAAAAUUUUCUGGGCAUUUUUUCAAGCGUUGGCAACAACGCAUGAAAAUUUGGUUAAUCACCAAGGGUUUGCUCUCGGUAAUUAUGACAGUGUGUCCCCCCGUUGUCGAGUCUGAUCCCAAAAGUCUUGAACGCCAAACUUUAUGGCGUGAGAGGAAUGAAAUAGCCAAAGGAAUGAUAUUGUUGGGACUCUCCGACAUGUUAUUUGAUGUCUAUUGCACCCUCCACGGAGAGGAAUGAAAUAGCUAAAGACCUUUGGGAUGAGUUGGAUAGGAAAUAUAAUACUGAUGACCACGGUCUGGAAAAGUAUAUUGUUUCCAAAUUCUUGAGAUUCGACAUGAAAGAGGGAAAAUCUGUUUUAGAACAAACACAAGAAUUUGAGCUUAUCUUACAUUCUCUCCGUGAAGCAGAUAUGGAAUUGCCUGAAAAAUUUAAAGUCAUGGCUGUAAUUGAAAAAUUCUCCCUAGACGAUUCGGAAAGACGAUUCACGAGUCCACAAACCGUUAAAAUGGUAUCAAGCACUUAAAUGAUACUAAUUUGGGAUAAGUUAUCAUCAAUGAAUGUGAAACCAAUUUUUUCCCUAGAAGUCCAACUUCUGGGAAAAUGUAAUUUCCAAAAGAAGUCCAAUAGUUCAUUGCUCUCAUCUUUAGUGUUGCUAUCCUUCUUGAAGUUAAGUUGUUCUUGUUAACACGCAGACAUAGACUAGACAAAACUUGUUCUUAGGCCCUGACCCUACUGUCGGGGCAGAAUCAGGACACUGGGCCGGACUGGGCCGGUACAAAGAAUAUUUUUGAAAGAGAGAUUACAUAAAAGUUUUUACACUAAAAAUAUAGACAUUUUUUAGAUUUAGGCUGGGUAUUAUGGACCAUACGGGCCAUAGUUUAUUAUUUUUGGUAGCAUUAUUAUUAUAAUGAUCGUCUUCUUAUUUGUUUCUAAAUCUACUCCAAAAUUAUAGGAGCUAAUCUUGUAAACCCUUAUUAUUUAUUUCGGCCAAGAAGGCUCGAUGCACUGAGAAUAGAACUCACCAAAAUUACUCUUCUCUUUUGUUGUAUCGUUCAUAUACCUUAGAAUUAUAGCAUGGUAUCAAAGACAUACGGCUGAGAUACGCAACUUGACGCCAUGGCAAAUGAUGAUAACGAAACAGAAAACUAUGUUUCGACGGAGAUAAAAAUCGACCAUACUUCGCCGUUCUUCUUGGGGCCUCAAGACAGGCCGGGUGACUUCAUCACACCCGUUCAUUUGACGGAGAAUAAUUAUGAGGACUGGGUUGCAUCUGUUCGGUUAGCACUGAAAGCCCGGCGGAAGUUUGUGCUUGUUGAUGGAACUAUCACGAAACCGAAGCCGCCUUGCACGAACGAUGACUGGGAAACUCUACAUUCGAUGAUCGUGUCUUGGAUCAUGAACAUCAUAUCACCGGAGGUAAAAAAAAUACUCUUUCUCGAUAUGAAGAUGCUCGCCGAUUAUGGAGUGAUUUAAAGGAACGAUUUUCCGUCGUUGAUGGACCUCGCAUAUACCAAGUCAAAACAGAUUUGGCACGAUGUGAGCAGUCAAAAAAUAUGUCUAUUGGGACAUACUAUUCUAAACUGAAAGUCUUGUGGGACGAAGUGAAUGAUUAUGAGCCGUUGUUGAGCUGCAACUGUGGCAAGUGUACCUGCAACUUGAAUGAGCUCCUUGAAAAAUGAAGAGAAGCAGAACGCUUUUAUCAGUUUUAAUGGGACUCUACACAGAUUUUUACGGACAAGUUCGUUCGCAGCUUUUAACCCAAACACCUCUUCCAACGCUCAACCGUGCGUACCAACAAGUAACACAAGAAGAAAGAGUGCGUGGAAUAACCCAGGUGAAGGAUGAUAAGCCUAAUGUGGUGGGCUUUGCUGCUCGUCCUGAAGGGCGUGGGAAGGGAAAGAUGGCUAAGCCAGAUAAGUCUGACAUGAUAUGUACCUAUUGUCAUCUUUCCGGGCAUGACGUUGCCCAUUGUUUUGAACUCGUCGGCUACCCCAAGUGGUGGGGGGAUCGUCCACGUGCUGCGGUGAAACAAGUGAAAUCGGGCUUUGCAAAUCAGGGGAUGUCAAUGAUGCAUUCACAAUCUGGAACCUUGAAAGCUCAUGCAGCGAAGGCAGGCAGCUCAGGAGCAAAGGGGUUUGACGGAGCAAAGGGGACUGAAGAUAAGGACAAUUCACCGACACCCAUACCAGGUUUCACACUGGACUAAUGGAAGGCACUUGUUGGCCUUUGGUAACGCUCAAAUUACAAAUGAACGCAUGUCCGGUAAGUUUGACAAUUCCUUAUGGAUACUUGAUUCCGGGGCUUCUAAUCAUCUCACAGGAAACUUGAAUUAUUUACGUAAUAUGAAGGAUAUUCCUCCUUGUCCAGUGGAAGCUCUAUAAGAGGGCUCCGUGUAUUUGACAGAAAACUUGUCCCUUGACCGUGUGCUUUAUGUUCCCGUCUGAAUUGUAAUCUUAUAUCGGUUUCACAACUGAAUGACAACUUAAAUUGUUUCGUUUAAUUCACAACUAACUUUUGUGCUAUAUAGGACCGACACUCGAGGAAGCUGAUUGGAGCGGGUGAGAGGAGGAAUGGACUUUACUACUUGCAGGAACCUUUUGUUGCUCGGACAAUUCUCGUGGGACAGGCAUCUAAAUUUGAUAUGUGGCAUCAAUGUUUGGGACAUCCUUCAGAAAAUAUUAUCACAUGUUUGCCGUUUGUGAGUAGUUCUAAGCAGCAUUUGUCUAAGCCUUGUGAUGUGUGUUUUAAAGCUAAACAAACACAUGACUCUUUUCCUUUAGGUAAUAGUUUUUCCACAAGAAUUUUUGAGUUAAUUCAUUGUGAUUUAUGGGGUCCGUAUGAGACUCCAUCUUCGUGUGGAGCUAAAUAUUUCCUGACUAUUGUGGAUGAUUUUUCUCGUGCUGUUUGGAUUUAUUUGUUUAUUGAUAAGAAGGAAAUAAUUCCUACAUUUGCCGCUUUCUUUGCCCUGGUUAAUAGACAAUUUUCUCAACAAGUUAAACCGGUGCGCAACGAUAAUGGUACAGAGUUUAAUGGAAUGAAGCCAUUUUUCUGUGAACAAGGAAUUAUUUCCCAGACAUCUUGUGUGGGAAUGCCUCAGCAAAACGGACGGGUUGAGCGUAAACACAGACACAUUUUAACUGUAGCUCGUGCUUUACGUUUUCAAUCUCAUCUUCCUAUUUCUUUUUGGGGCGAAUGCGUAUUGGUGGCUGCUCAUCUUAUUAAUAGAACGCCCUCACGUAUUUUACACAACAAGACCCCAUUCGAAAUCUUAUUUGGGGUACCGCCAAUCUUUGAUCAUUUACGGGUUUUUUGUUGUCUAUGUUAUGCAUAUAACGUGCGAUCAAAAAAUGACAAAUUUAGUAGUCGAACACGAAAAUGUAUUUUUGUUGGCUACCCAUUUGGAAAGAAAGGGUGGACCGUGUUUGAUCUAGAUACAAAGGAGUAUCUCGUCUCUCGAGAUGUUAAAUUCUUUGAGCAUAUUUUUCCAUUUGCACCAUCUUUUGAUAUUAUUCAAGUGCCUGCCGAAGUAGGCUAGGAUGUGCCUCCAUCCUCGGAUUCUACUCCCAUAUUGGAUGUUCAAGAUCUGCCAGAAUACUUUACUUCCAGUGACAUCAAUGCGGGCCCUACCACAAACAACAAUACUCAGCAUGGAGCUAUGGAAAACCAAGAAGACGGUUCUGCUGAUAGUUCGGCAUCCACAAGUCCGCCAGAUAUGCAACUCCAAGGGCCACCGGUUACUGAAUCUAGUGAACUCGGACGAGGGAAGCGGGUUAAAAUUUCUUCAGUAAAACUCAGAGACUAUUCCAUGCAUACGGCAAUUGCUAACAGUCCAUUCCUCUCCUCCCAAGCUCCUUCAUCAUCCUCAGGUACGCCGUUUCCUAUAGCUCACUAUGUUUCUUGUGAAAAUUUUUCUAUUCGAUAUCGUGCUUUUCUAGUUGUAGUAAGUGCAGGGAAAGAGCCAUCCACAUAUAAAGAAGUUGUGCUAGAUGACGGAUGGAAGGCGGCUAUGGCCUCUGAAAUUAAGGCGUUGGAAGAUUAGAGAACGUGGGCACUGGAACCACUUUCUUCGGGCAAGAAAGCCUUAGGGUGUCGGUGGGUGUACAAAAUUAAAUACAACUCUGAUGGUGGUAUUGAGCGUCUUAAAGCUCGUCUUGUCAUCUUCGGCAAUCGUCAGGUUGCGGGCCUUGAUUAUAAUGAGACAUUUGCACCAGUUGCCAAGAUGGUAACUGUUCGUGCAUUCUUAGCGGUUGCUGCAUCGAAAAAUUAGGAGUUGCAUCAAAUGGAUGUACACAAUGCUUUUCUUCAUGGUGAUCUGGAUGGGGAGGUAUAUAUGACUCCUCCCCCAGGUUUCCACGUACCUGAUUCUUCUCUGGUUUGCCGACUUCGUAAAUCCCUUUAUGGAUUAAAACAGGGACCUAAAUGUUAGUUUACCAAAUUGGUUACCGCUCUCAAGGGCUAUGGAUUUCUACAAUCCUGUGCGGAUUAUUCUCUUUUCACACGCACUCGUGGUGACACACAACUGAACGUUCUUGUUUACGUUGAUGAUCUUAUCAAGUUAUCAUAUCUAGGAAUGAUUCUGAAGCUAUUUCUGCGUUCAAAAAAUAUCUGAGUGAUUGCUUUCAUAUGAAGGAUUUGGGCUCUCUCAAAUAUUUUCUGGGUAUUGAGGUUGCUCGGAGUCCCUCGAGCCUAUUUCUUACCCAACGAAAAUAUGCUCUUGAUAUUAUUACUGAGACUGGUUUGCUUGGAGCUCGGCCAGCUAACGUUCCUAUUGAACAAAAUCAUCAUCUUGUUCAAGCCGAUGGACCUCUUUUAAAUAAUCCAGAACCAUAUCGACGUCUCAUUGGACGUCUUGUUUAUCUGGUUGUGACACGUCCGGAUUUAGCCUAUUCAGUACAUAUAUUGUCUCAAUUUUUAAAGAGUCCUCGCCAAGAACACUGGGAUGCUGCUCUCCAUGUGGUUCGCUACCUAAUGGUCUCUCCUGGGCAAGGCAUUUUACUUCAGGCAAAUAGUGACCUUUCCCUCACCAGUUGGUGUGAUUCAGAUUGGGCGGCAUGCCCUCUUACUCGCAAGUCCAUUUCUGGCUGGAUUGUUUUUCUUGGUCACUCUCCUAUUUCUUGGAAAACCAAGAAGCAGACGGUGGUUUCUCGCUCAUCUGCUGAAGCGGAAUACCGCUCUAUGGCAGCUGCAACGAGUGAACUAAAGUGGUUAAAGGCAUUGCUUCUCAGCCUUGGUAUCAAUCAUAAGGGUGUUAUUCCCCUUCAUUGUGAUAGUCAAUCGGCUAUUCUUAUUGCACACAAUCCAGUAUUCCAUGAACGCACAAAGCACAUUGAAGUUGAUUGUCACUUCGUCCGCAAUGUUAUUCAGGAGGGGCUUAUUGCUCCUGCCUAUGUUCCCACCACUGUACAGCUCGCGGACAUCUUCACUAAAGCUCUUGGAAAAUCUCAGUUUCAUUUCCUUCUUUGUAAGUUGGGCAUUUUAAAUCCUCAUGCUCCAACUUGAGGGGAGUAUUACAGACCAUACGGGCCAUAGUUUAUUAUUUUUGGUAGCAUUAUUAUUAUAAUGAUUGUCUCCUUAUUUGUUUCUAAAUCUACUCCAAAAUUAUAGGAGCUAAUCUUGUAAACUCUUAUUAUUUAUUUCGGCCAAGAAGGCUCGAUGCACUGAGAAUAGAAUUCACCAAAAUUACUCUUCUCUUUUGCUUUAUUGUUCAUAUACCUUAGAAUUAUAGCACUGGGCUAGGGCUGGUCCUCCCCUAGCUACGCCCUUGCUUACUGUGUACGUGUGUUUAACACCAAUAGAAGCUGUUAAUGGAGUCCAUUUCCCAGAGUAUGUCUCUUCUAUACUACUACUGUAUUGCGUCUUUAUACAGAGUACUCGAAAUUGGAAAUAUCCGAAUAAAUAAUACUCAUACCAAUACACUGCCCAAUUCGCAAUACAAAUUGAUCACCGGUAAAGCAUAUUCAUUAAUGGCAUGUUUGUUUGAGGGUUGAUUUAGGUUAUUGCAAUUUCAGUUUUUAGUUAACCUCGUUUGUUUAUGUUUUUGCAACAAGAACCUAGAUUAUGACUUAACAUUACACAGCCCCUUAGAAUCUGGAAACACGUCAAAUUAAAGAAGCUCCGAAGUGGUGGGUUUCGGAGGUUAAGUUUCUGUUCAAUAUAAAAUAAGCUAGAGUAUCUUCACUCAAACAACAUUUAUAACAUUAACCUAGGUUCACCUUAUUUAUUUCCAAAAGCUAUUUUACGCAUGAACCUAGGUUCACUUUAGGUUUACUUUAUUGCACUUGGUUUAUUUUAGUUCACCUUAUCCAAACAGAGCAUAAAGUACCGCCACUCCAAUUUAUAUAAUUAUAAUUGGAAAAAUUGAAAAAAAUAAUCUCAACUAUUGACGAUCUGACAUUAAUAAUCUCAACUAUUGAUUAUUCCUGGGUGGUCCGGUGGUUCCAACUAUAGAGAUCAUUCUUCGAAAAUGGUCCCUAACCUGUUACUACCUGGUAUAGCUGGUCAUUUUUAAAUGUGAACUGUGUGUAAGCUUUAAAUAAUCCCAAGUAUAGUUGAUCUUUUUUAUUAAUCCCAAC